AUGUCAAACAACGUUUUGACAAAAAAGGAACUUGAAAAAUUGAUAGAAGAUCGAGAUGAAUCAGUGAAAUUCGUCCAAGAGAAAGUAACAUCAAAAACAAGUGAAUUGUGGCAGUUUUAUCAUCAUAUUUUCGUGAAAGAUCAUCAACAACAAUUUGUAUCUUGUAAUACAUGUAAAACUUUAUUACUUGUUACACCUACAAGUGGUACAAACACUCUAAAAUCUCAUCACCAUUCAUGUGUACAACGAAAAGAUAAAUCAAUAGGUGCACAUCAACAAACAGUUCAUGAUUUUUAUUCUUCUUCAAAGCAAACAACAAUUCCAAAACAAUUAAAAUUACGUGUUACACAAGCAUGGACAGAAUUUUAUGCUACAUAUAGUCGGGCAUUCAAUCUGAUAACAAGUGAUGGUUUUCAGAAUCUUGCAAAUGUUUUAUUUGAUGCCGGUCGUUCAAUGUAUAAAUCUUCAAUUCAAAUAAAAGAUCUUCUUCCACAUCCAACAACAACUGGUCGAAAUGUUAGUCGACUUUAUGAAGAAUAUAAAUUGCAUUUGGUUGUUUGUCAUGUAAGACGUUCAAAUCAACAAGAAAGUUUAUCCAAGAAACGUGUCUCUUACAGUGAAACUCGAUUUAAUGGUGGUUUAAUAAUGAUGGAUAAUUUUCUAGAUCUUUUCUUUGAAUUACGAUCAGCAUUAAUUAAUAGUAGUUUUAUGGUGAAUUAUAACUUGAUUGAGAAAGAUCUGCUUAAUGACGUUUCGCGACGUUUGAAUAAUGCUUCGCCAGUAACAGAUGAACAUCGAUUAGCAACGAUUUUGCAUCCAAAACUAAAACAUUUUGAUUGUUGUCGUUAUGAAAAAGAAAAAUCUAUCGAUAUAUUGAAAUUAGAAUUUAAAAAACAUCAAUCAAUUAUUUCUUUAUCUUACACAAAUUCAUUAACUCCUACAUAUGGCAAUUUGCAAUCUUCUUCAUCAGCAUCUGCACCAGAUACAGCAACAAAACCAAAGAAUCUUUUAGUACAAUGUUUUGAUGCAAAAGUCAAUGUUGUUGUAAUGAUGACAAAGUGA